GUAAUGACUAAUAAUAGCAAAUGUAUCGAGAGAAUAUGCUUUAUUUAUUGCGCAUUUCGCUAUUCCGUACAGUUUCUAAGAUUAUAAAAAAUAAUAAGAGAGAAAUGUUAUAGACGCGUCUCUGUACAGCUUGUUUCUGCUUUGCCUGUGAAUCUUUAUUAUUUAUUCAAGUAUGUAUUUAGUGCUUUCAGCAAGAAAGAACAUUUGCUGCUCGUAGUAUUUAUUCGUAGGAUUGCGUACAUCGCUUUUUAUAUAAUGAUCGAUUUAUUGGAACAAUGUUGAGAAAGAGAGAUUAUAUCUAUAACAAAAUGUGGUAGUAUUUUCUUUUUUAUUUAUCGCCCUUCCCCAAGUUUUACUCGUACAGGUGAAAAUAAUCACGAGACAGCUGUGUUCAAAGUACACGAUAGUACGUGCAUUUUAUGAAUCGGGGAGACUUACCGAAAGUAUAUUAUGGCAUGCUCUGUAACAUUCGAAAAACUCAUCGUUUUCUUGAGAAUGCAUUUGGCUUUUGCUUGUUGUUGGCCGCUACCACCCACAGCAACUAAAAUGCAAAUCACGUAUGAUAAAUUUUUUCGUUUGUUCAAUGGUUUGCAUUCGAUGCUGAUGAUCUAUGCGGUAGCAUAUAGGAUUAUUUCUCAGUACAACAAUACGUUGGUGAUAAUGCAACUAGGUUGCGUCUUAGGUACUUUAUGUGAAGUUCCAUUGCAGAUAUAUCUGUUUACUCAACAGCACGAUAGUUUGCAAACUAUAAUUUUGAAGAUGGAAAAUUACAGUAAACAUGCAAAUUCAACGGAAAGGAAUGUAAUACAGGAAUAUAUAAAUAAACAUAUAGUAAUUUAUGGCAUAACACUGACAUUGAUGACAGUAGCUUUAGUUGCCAUGAUUUUAGUGCCAUUGAUAUUGGCUCGUCCCGUAUUAGAAUUAGAGUAUCCAUUUUCCAUUGAUUAUCAACCGAUGAGGGGAAUUAUUUACUUACAUCAGUCAUUUGCUUUGUACCAAGUAUAUGUUCAAGUGUGUGCCACCGUUUUUCUUGCUCUUUUGCUUUGGUUCUCAACCGCUAGAUUUGAAAUUUUGGCCAAUAAAUUUCGCAUAGCUACGGAAUACUCUGAUUGGAAAGCAUGUAUACAAGAGCAUCAAGAGCUUUUAAAGUUUACGAGACAAGUAACUUUUUCCAUUUCACACAUAACAUUAUCAUCGCUAGGUGUUAGCACUAUAACGGUAGUAUUCAGUGGUCUUACCUUUCUUGGUCGAUUUCCAAUGUUUGUCAAAAUGCAGUAUUCCAUCAUAUGUUGUUCAUCAUUGGCAAAAGUAUUUUUAUGCACUUGGCCAGCUGAUCAUUUAAUGAGUAUGAGUUGUUAUGCUGGAGAUGCUGCAUAUAAUUCAUUGUGGUAUGAACAUGAAAUUGCUUCACAAAAAAUUAUGUUGUAUACUUUACUUCGAACUCAACGGCCUGUUAUUGUAUCUGUUCCCGGUUUGGUCACGGCUUUAUCUUUGCAACAUUACGCAUCUUAUGUAUCCAUGGCAUUUUCUUAUCUGACGUCAUUUAGAGCAAUGCUUUCUAAUGAUGUGGAUUAAUUGAAAAUAAUCAACACUC